CUAUUCAAAAGGAGCAAUAAUUAUACUUAACGAUAUUUGCGAAUUUGAAAGUUGAUUUUACGACAUUUAUUGCCAGCGUGUACUUGGAAACAUGGCGUCGAUGUUUGGAAAAUCGUCAGGUGCUCCUGCGUCAGUGAUGCAGCCAGCUCAACCUGCACAAAUGGAUCGUUCCGAACCAGAAGAUGAUAGACCCAAAUAUCCCAAGAAAGUGUCGUUUGCACAGUUUGACCCUUCUGCACAACACCAAAUCAAUUCUAUGUUUAACAGUCCCAUGUUUCGAGAAUUGGAGGCACAAGUGAAAGUCAAUACAGACAUUUUGGAUAGAAUGAACAAGCAAAUGGAAGAUGAGAGAAAAGAAAGGAUCAAAGCCAAGCAAACAGCUCAUAUUCCAGAGGCACUCAAAGGGAGUGGUCAGGAAAUGACAAGCAUCAUGAAGACGGUGGAAGAUCUGAUAUUGAUGGGUGAAGAAGUUGAAGAGGAGGAGGAUGAAGAAGAGAAAGAUGUUAAAGAAGGACAGGAAGCAGAAGAAGGUGAUGAUGAGGAAGAUGAAGACGAAGAUGAUGAGGAAGACGAGGAAGAUGAAGAUGAUGAUGAAUACAGAAGGAGAACACCACUGAAUAAGUUACAGAUCUUGGACUCACACAGCAAGGCAGCUCUUACCGGCCACAGUUUGGCUGCUUACGUUUCUACCCUAGACGAAGAAAAUCUUAAAAAGUUCACAUCUAAAAUCACACAGGACUGUCAACUAUGGCUGUCAAGAUUGUUCAGGUUUCCAGAUUCCUCUCCAUUUUAUCAUGAUGAACACAAAGAUGGCCUCGUGAGGAUCUGCAGAAUGGCCCUUUAUCAGAAGUACCCUAAGUAUCCAGUGGAGGGAUUUGAGGCCCUGUACUCCAGGCCCCCAGUCAUAUACAUCAGCUCCGCAGCCAUGCCAGGUCUCAGCAACUACCUCUGUUUGCAGGUAAAUUCCAUAUUAUCCUCCAUUUGUAAUGUACCAUGCUGCACUAGAAGUGUAAAGAAUAGUGCGAGUAUAUAUGGUAGUAUGAAUGUGGAAUGGCAUACAAUAUCUAUAACAUUAUUCCAUGAGCUGAUGUUAAAUUUAUGACCAGGUUCUCCCCAUUUGGGUUCUGUGGAUAACUUACAGGAAUUAAGGAAGAUCUGUAAAGAACAUAAAAUCUGGCUCCAUGUGGAAGGAAACAACUUGGCUAUCUUGGCCACAGUGUCGGUGCCCACGGCAGUAGAGCCAGCCACCUCCGGAGACAGCAUGACGCUACGACUCGGGAAGUGGAUCGGAAUCCCGGGCCUGCCCUAUAUCACCCUGUAUAAGAACACGGACCCUGCUCUGGAGAUUGCUGCAGGUCUGAAUACAUUUACCCCAGAAAUAAAGCUGAACUGUCUGCCAUUUUGGAUUGUCCUUCAGAGUAUGGGGCAUGAUGGGAUUGUGGACAGAAUCAAGCACUGCUGUACACUAGCAGAGAAAAUGCAUGACAUUCUACAAAAACUUCCAACUAUAAAAGAGAUUGGGGAAGAAAAGACAGAAGAAAAAGAGGCCAAAACCAUCAAAGAUCUCUUAUUUGUUGCUAUUGAUGCUCUGUUUGUGUUCAAGAUGGCUAGUCCCACUGUUGUGUUCAAAUAUAUAGAAGACAGCACCACUGGUGCUGUGGAGAUAGCUCCUUAUUCCCCCGUUACUUCACAAGAGGAUAUAGAAGAAAAAGAAAAAUUGAAAACAUACUAUGAUGCACUAAAUUUAUGGCUCUGUGAUACUCUAUAUCUGGAAAAUCCAAAUGUCCAUUUAGAACUGAUAGAUGUGGAGCAUGAAGGAAACUGUAUCAAGUUCUCUCCCCUUGACACAGCACAAGUGAAGGGUACAGUGGAAGAAGAUAUUGAAAAAUUUGGUGAAAAUUUAAAAAAGCAAAUCGCAAUUCUUGAUGCGACAGUUCUACAGAGAGACAGGUUUUGUGCAAUCGUGGAGGCUCAAGACAAUCUGCGUAUUGUUGAGGUUCCUAAUUGGGCUGGAUUAGGGGUCGUGCAAUAUAUGCCUGAGGAAUGGAGAGAGAGGAUGACAGAUUUGCCAGACAAUGCUAAACGAGACAUAAAUAAUAUCAAUACUGAGCUUGUAAAGCAGCUUCAAUCCAAGGACACAGCAUUCUCAUUAGGUUAUAACGAUGAGAACAUUGGGUGUGUGAAGUUUGGCCUGAUUACAGACGACACAGAUCUGGAGGAUCUGAUUGGUCUAGUGUGUUCACUCGGCAAAGAGAUCGAGGAAUCCUCUAAGUACUUGGAGAAAUUAUCGGAGAAAAUCCAGAAAGGAAUAGAGGAGGCUAAUAUAGAACUACACAAAGAAAUGGACGAAAAGCUACAGCAAGAGGGUGUUCUAAGACAGGUACCAUUGGUUGGUUCCCUACUAAACUGGUGGUCUCCUCCUCCAAAGGAUGCAGUGAAGGGACGCACAUUUAGUCUCAGCUCUGGCACUAUGGCUAGCACUGAGAAGACUUACAAAUACCACAUGCAAGUUCAGGAAGAUGAUGCCCCUCCCCCUGCUGUGACCCCCUCUCCAAACCAGACCCCAAAUUCCUUCAAAGAUGUUCUGAAACCGGUAAAAUCUCAAACCAAGUCCGCUGGUGAUGUUAAAGCUAAUCUCACUCAACAAUAUAACUCCUCCUCUUCCACUCAGAGUUCUAGUCCCAGUUCACCACAGACAGAACAGAAACCUAAAGAAACUCAAUUUGUAGAAAACCAACAGACCCCUGACUUGAAGUAAAACAACAUUCCAUUAUUGUUCCAUAUAAAGCUGUGAUAUGGUCAAACGUUUUGUCCUGAAUGUAACAAUGUGUAUUGUCAUCGUUUGUGACAAAAGCUUAUUUGUAAAUCUGUUUUUAUUGAUUAAUGUAUUAAAGGAAAGCAGUGAAUAUUGAAUGUUUUCAGAAUGAAUGAGUUAAGUAUUUAUUAUAUUAUACCUAUUUAUUUGUAUGGGUUAUAUGAAAAUACUGUUCUUUGCAAACAGAUGUCUGAUCUUGUACGUGUAAUAUAUAUUUAAUGUACAAGCUACAGAAAGUGGGUUCAAAAAACAUUUCUUUCCUUAAGGAGGCUUACUCUUUACACACAUUUUACAUACAUGUAUUUACAUAAUCAAUUUUUUGAGUGAUUUUUGAAAUCAGCUUUUGCUUUACAUUAAUAACAUUUUUUCAGUGCUACUGAUUUUCACUCCCUAUUAAUGUUACUGAAUUAUACAUGUAUAAAAAUGCUCACCCCAUUUUGAACUAGCUCAACACUAUAUUUAGGUAAGGCUUGUAUUUCAACAAUGUGCCCAUUCUUUACGUUCAUUGUUGAGAUUUACCUUCCGUUUGUAAAAUUAAUUUGCUUGCAGCAGAUCAAUUACUCUCUUCAUACAGUAUUUAUUUACAUUCAUUUGUAUUAUUUAUUUUAUUACACCAUUACUUUAGAUACCAUUUCUAACCUACAUUAUCAUAUCUAUUUAUGUACAAUGUACAUAUGACUUUGUGGAAUGCAUAACUGGUUUACAAUUUAGUGGUGUUUUCCUUGAGUUAUCUCCCAUUUCUAUGUAUUUUAUUUUGUCAAUCAAAACUGUGUUUUAUUUGGGGAAUUCCUCUUUUUAUAGGACCUGGUUUACUUACAUGUAUUGAAUGUUUAUUAAUUUUAGAAUAAAAUGGAAUCCAUAUUUAUCUGAAAUCCAACGAUGUUUUAACUUUGUAUAAUGAUGAUAUGCAGAAAGUAUUAGUUUUACACCGAAGUUAAAUUGAACUUUUUUGAUCACCUUUGUAAUACUGUCUGUUAAUGUACAUGUAUUUAUGUUCCAUUGUCAGUGUAAACUUCUCUUAUUUUUUCUAUUGGCUAUAGACCAGAAGAGCUUACAUAUGUAGCUGUCUGCAAAUAAUUUUUCAAAAUGAUAUAAUUCUGAAUAUUUUUUGUUUUUGUGCAGCCAUCAUGUUGACAUUCAAAAUGAUUCUCCUCAAAAAGUU